AUGGAUAGAUACGGUCAGCGCACCCACUAUGACCUAAAGACCAAGUUCAUGCUGCAGACUACACCGUUCCUUGUCCCAGGGAGGAGCAACCCUUUCGUAUCGCUACAGCAAAUCUGCCGGCAGAUCUACACCGAGACUGCCAUGCUUCCAUUCUCUGGCCUCAACCAUUUCUGGUACUUGGAUGACCUUGCCCUCCAGAUUCUAAGGAAGCGCCUUCUACCAAUCCAAUUUCAUUCCAUCACUAAGCUCGUCUUCUUCGUUACCGAGAAUGUGGACAUGCCUUCUGCAACGGGCAAUUUCGACCCUGCCCGGUUUCAGAAUCUUCGUCUGUUAACGAGGCUUAAAUACAUCCGUAUUGUUGUGUUGAUCAAACUGGACAGCGUCCGUGCAGGCCCAUACAGCAUAGCUCGGUGGAUAGAGAAUCCCACCUUCGCGCGCAUACAGGCAAGUUUGGAGCCCAUAUUUCUGGAGGCUGUGCCGGAGGGUGUUGACUUGGAUUUCGAGCUUCGUCGGUCAAGUGACUCCGAUCACGACCCCCACGAGAACGGUAUCCUGGAUGCCACACCACGUACGCCCGAUGUUAUGGCCAUUACCCAACGAAACAGCGCUACCUCACCUCUACUCCGUCUUCCGGCCGAAGUGCGCAACAAGAUCUUCACCUACGUCAACAGUGGUUUGAACGUCUUCCUGUGGAAUGAACGUUUCGACCCUGGAGUUAAACCCAGCGGCGCCUGCUGGAAGCCUCAAGUCCUCAUCGGACAUGACGCUUCCCCACUCGCACGUCCUUGCCUUCCAUCAUUCCUGGGUCUUCAGGCCACCUGCCGUCAGAUCUAUAACGAGACAGCAUUGCUUCCCUUUCCCACCAACAAGUACUGGUACUUCCCCAUAUCUUCGCUGGAUGAAUGCAAAACUCUGUUUCACGGAGCGCAGUUGUAG